UAGAACUGGCAGAAGAUGGCCAUAAUAUUUAGUGUUCUGUUAAACAGAAGUGUCAUGCCAUUGCUUUUAGUCAUUAUCUGUAGCUCUGGCUGCUGGACUAUCCAAAUCUUGUAAUAGGAGGCAUCAAGGAGAUCAGGGCAUGGAAUAUACAGCGUGGAAAUGUACUCAGACUCUUGUUAGUUAUCACAAGAAUAGGUGAAAGCUUGGUCAAGAAGCGAUGGAUGGAUGCCAAGUAAACUUACUAUAGUAUUCUGAAUUUCUGAUGCACUUCAAAGCUUCCACAAAUAGGAUACUGAUAUCAAGUGAUUGCAUUGACACAGUAGUACAUGGAUGUGUACUCCGGAUGUUACUAGCCUGCUUUUCAACGAAGUGCAUAAGCUAGUGUGAUUUUCUACUGAUUUACUGAAACAAAGAAUUUUUGAAAUCCUUUGGAUUUAGGUUGAGUGCCUAAUUUGCUCGAAGAGUGUCAUGCCUGAUGAAAGGAUGCAAUGUUCAGUUCAUCACUGUGAAGUAACCUUGCAUAAGGUUUGCUUUGGAAAAAGUGAUGGAAUCUGUCCUCGCCAUAUAUGUUUUUACUGCAAAAGGAGAACAACUUUGCAGCGUCGAAAACAUGUAAUGCCUGCAUGUGCACAAUGUUCGCUGCAUGAAAACAGAAUAACUGAGUCUGUUGAUCCUUCGAAUACAAUGAUAAGUUGGAGUAUUUGGCCAUCAACGAGUGAGGGUGCAGGUCCUGCAAAUGACAUUAAGGAAACCUUCCGGCGAUUACCUCUCCCGUAUGCUGACCAAGAGUUCAAUAUCGACCCUAUUAAGAAAGAGGAGAUGGAAAGUCUGACAACUCCACCUCCAUAUGUACAUUUGAAGCACAAUGUUUAUUUUGUCAAGAAGAAAUGUGACGGUGAUGUCUUUGAAGCUAAAUGCACUGGUUGUGACCCUCCUUUGACCUGUCAAAUAAGAUGCUCAUGCAGGUCUGUGUUCAUUAGCUGCUCUCAGGCCUGCAAAUGCUCAAAAAUGUGCUGUAACAGACCAUUUCGCAGAGAGAAACGGGUAGAGAUUGUUAAGACUCAGCUUUGUGGAUGGGGUGCUGUAGCAUUGGAAGCAAUUGAGAAAGGUGAUUUUGUGAAAGAAUUUGUUGGAGAAGUUGUAGAUGGCGUGACAUGUCAAGAAAGGCUCGAGGACAUGAAACAGCGAGGAGAUGAAAAUUUCUACAUGUGUAAAGUCAGCAAAAACUUUGUAAUAGAUGCAACAUUCAGAGGAAAUGACUGUCGCUUUUUUAACCACAGCUGCACGCCUAACUGUCAGUUGGAGAAUUGGCAAGUUAAUGGCAAGACAAGGCUGGGUGUAUUUGCUUUACAGGCUAUACAAGUGGGCGAUCCCUUGACCUACAAUUACAGAUUUGAACAACAUUUCGGCCCACAGACAGAAUGUUUCUGUGGAGCUGCAAACUGCCGAGGGAAGCUGUGAUAGGUAAAGAUGGACCAGGGAGAGGUACAUAACAGUAGGCUGAAAGCAAUGGUAGAUAACAGGAAAUGGAACAAAGUGUGAAGAUUUAUUGAGAAGUACAUUUCUUUCUCUCUUUCAUCAGCCUUUCAGAAGAACGAGUGUAAAUGAUAUUCGUUUUCUCCAGUAGGAUGUACCAUGUACAUAGUGUUUGCUUAGCUGUCGUUGUUCCUUCUGAUUUAGGACUGAAUUAGCCAUUAUUUUUCGAAUGUACAGGUUUUACUUUGUAAAUUUGUGAAUAUGCAACACAUGUUGAAUGCACCA